UCAAGUUGGAAACAAAAUGGCUGCCUUACGAAAGCUAACCUUGUUGGGGAAAUCUAGCCUUUCAAACAUAAAUAGAUGCUUUAAAAAUCAGAUACGACUCUCUUCACAUUUUCCAAUUGAUGAUAAUUUAUAUGGCCUGUCAGAUGAACAAAAACAGCUUCGAGAAACAGUAUUUCAGUUUGCUCAGAAAGAACUUGCUCCGUACGCAGAUGAGAUUGAUAAAACCAACUCCUUUCCUCAGAUAAAGGAUUUCUGGAAGAAAUGCGGAGAACUCGGACUGCAUGGAAUCACAGCCCCUGUGGAGUAUGGCGGAUUGGAGUUGGGAUAUCUAGAGCACUGCCUUGUCAUGGAGGAGCUAUCCCGCGCCUCAGGGAGUAUCGCCCUCAGUUACGGCGCUCACUCCAACCUCUGUCUCAAUCAGAUCGUCCGCAAUGGCAGUGAGGAGCAAAGACAAAAAUAUCUUCCAGACUUGAUAGCAGGAAAAACCAUAGGAGCCCUAGCCAUGAGUGAACCAAAUGCCGGGUCUGAUGUUGUGUCCAUGAAGCUCCGAGCAGAUAACAAAGGGGACUACUAUGUGUUGAAUGGCAGCAAGUUUUGGAUUACAAACGGUCCAGAUGCUGACGUCCUAGUGGUGUAUGCCAAAACAGAUUUUAACACUGACAAACCCCAGCAUGGCAUUACAGCUUUCCUCAUAGAAAAGGGAAUGGAGGGAUUCAGUACUGGCCAGAAACUGGACAAGUUGGGUAUGAGGGGAUCCAACACAUCAGAACUCAUCUUUGAAGACUGUAAAGUGCCAGUAAGCCAGGUGUUGGGCAGUGUAGGUGGCGGGGUGUAUGUUUUAAUGUCAGGACUUGAUGUAGAGAGGGGUGCGGGGUCGGCAGGAACCCUGGGGAUCAUGCAGGCCUGUUGUGAUGUUGCCUUCAAGUAUGCGCAUGAACGCGAGUGCUUUGGUUCGAAAAUAGGACACUUCCAGAUGAUACAGGCCAAGUUAGCUAACAUGUACGUGACACUGAACGCGAACAGGUCGUACGUGUAUAACGUGGCUCGGGCUCUCGACCGCGGAAACAUAAGUCCCAAUGACUGUGCUGGUGUGAUAUUGUAUGCUGCCGAGGCAGCAACACAGAUGGCGCUGGAUGCCAUUCAGAUCUUGGGUGGCAAUGGAUAUAUCAAUGACUACCCAACUGGCAGAUUUUUACGCGACGCCAAACUCUACGAGAUUGGAGCAGGGACGAGUGAAGUGCGCAGACUAGUCAUCGCCAGGGCGAUUAACGCUUACUAUAAAUAACUCUCAGGGCUUGGCUAUUAAAUGCAUGUACUAAGGUUGUUGAACAAUAAUGUUCAAAAUUUAUGGCAAUCUUAAUGUGAUACUUAUGUAUUGAUAUUUUGGAUUUAAAAAACAAACAAAUGUCCAUUGAAUUUGAUAUUUCAGAUGUAAUAAUACUUUUUUGUUGAAAUUUACACAAAUUUAUAACUCUUUGGAUGCUCUCUUAUAACAGUGUACUCAUAUUUAUUAAUUAAAUUGGCAGUAUUAAUACUUUAAAAAAAAAUAACACAGGUAAUCAAUGGCUCAAAUUUAAUUGUUCAAAAAUGAGUAGGAUUAAGCUAAUGUUACCCUACAAUAUUUGUAGUAAUACUCAGUUGGAAUUUUUUUUUCCAUAAAAACAGCUUUAAAAAAUUAAAAAAGCUUUAAAAAAUAAUGAAUUUAAUCUUUUGUCAGUAUUAACAUUUAUAAUAUUAACAUUUAUAAUGUGUUCUAAAUAGUCCUGUAUGUGACUUUUGUAGAACUUAUUCAUUUAUUUUUAUAUUUGAAGUUCUACUUGAAAAAGAGAUAUUAUUGAUUUUACCAUUGUUAUUGAACAGUUUUUGAUGAGAUGUGACUUUUGGAUCAUAAUUUUAUACAAUUAUAGAAUGUAAGAAUCUAGUUUUAGAACACUUGGUUGUUAUUUUCUAACACACAUGAAUCAUUUUUAUAUGUUUAAUGAAAUUUCUGACUACCCGUAAAAUUAUAUUCAGAAAAAGUGUCAAUGUAUAUAACUUUCUUGUUUUACUGUACAUGUACAUUUUUGAACAGAAAUGGGUAUAGAAUUAAUUGUUUGUGUGUACAUUCUAUUUAUUGAUACAAACUUAAAUAAUGACAAUAAAAACAUUUAAUUGGU